ACUGGUCAACAUUUCCUCUGGACAGGUUUUGAUUAAUCUCCCCCAUUAUCCCUGUACAGUACAGGGUUAAUACGCACAGUGAUCUCACAGGUUGCCCGGACUGCUGUAGCCAUGACAGGACUUGUAGUUUUUUUUUCCCCCACAGUCGCGGAGCCGCACGUCGGGGCCUGAGGUGAAGCGCGCGCGAGUAUAGCGCCAUCUUGUGGCUGUCAUUACGCACUGCGCGGUAUUUCACUUUCGAUUCUGAAGCCCGGAGUUUCGUCGUAGUUGCUAGAAAGUCCUUACCGCGCUCCGCACGUGACUCCCGCCAGUAGCCGAGCGGGAGGAGGAGGAGCCCGGGCCCGCGGUGACCGCACUGUGUGCACGGAGGCUUUUUAAUUACCAGCAAUGGAAAAAAAUCGAAUUCGAGUGGAUGGAAUUCCGACUGACAUUCCAGCUUCACGUGUUAAGGAUAAACUCACUAUUCACUUCCUCAGGAGUAAAUUCGGAGGAGCAGAAGUUGAAAGAAUGGACGUAGUCCAAGGAGCCGCAGCUUAUGCCAUUGUAACAUUCCCAGAUGAACAAGUGGCAGAAAAUGUCUUGAAAAUUAAAGAUCACACUUUACAAGUCAAUGACAAGAUAUACAACCUAGUGAUCAGCGAGGUUAACGGGAACGUUGACCUAGACGAGGUUUUUGAGAAGCUGUCGCUGACAGUAAAUUAUGGAAAAUUCCCAGAAAAGCAUCAAAAUCUUCUGAAGAACUUGAUGGAGACCCAUCCAUAUGCGACGUUUCACUUUGAUGAAAAAUCUAUGACCUGUACUAUAAGCGGGGCAUAUGCAGAGAUCCAAACCACGGCACAAGAAAUCCUAAGUAAAUUAGGUAUUGUUUAUACCGUACAAAAGCAGAUCUCAACCGAUAGUCGAAGGAAAGCCAAGAUUGAACGCCGUAAAAAUUAUCCAGAACCUCAGGCUGUUGCACAAGCCUUGGAUUACCCAUAUGUGCCUCUUUCCGGAACUGCAGUCGAGGAAAUGUGCAGUGUGAAGCCAGAAUCAGACGAGCAAUUGGAAGAACCUUUCGUGUGGGAAACUGAUAUCUUUCUAUACAUGCACGAAUUCCACUCAAUAGAAUAUCAGGAGAUUCUAAACACUUACCACAUCCUUGCAGUGCAUGAAAGUUUCGAUGAUAUCACCACGAUUUAUCUUAAGACCGCAAGCGGGGGUAAAACCCAUCUGGGAGAGCUGAGAUGCGCACGAUCCAAACUCAUGGGGCUCUAUCGAGGUCUGGAACUACUUCUUCGUAAGGAGCAAAUAGAAAAGAGAAAUGUGUAUGGAGACCAGCACUUCUAUGAAACAUUGUCGACUGACCUCAAAAGACUUUAUCCCAUGCUUUAUUUUCAUGCAGAUGAAGAAUUUUUAUACCUCAUUGGAAACGGCAUUGAUAUAUCUCAUGCCCAACAGUACAUUUUCAACUUACAUACAAAAUUUGAUAGAAUGUCAGGUGAUCUAGACAAACAAUUUGGGGAAAGUGGGGCAAGUAACAUAUCAACAGGAUUGCCACAUUCCUUGUCCCCCACUAAGAAGCACGAAAGUGGUGUUGGAAGCAGGAUAGCCGCCUCGUUUAAUGCUCCCACAACACAAAGCAUAAAUUCAGCAAAGAGCCAUAUGGAUGAGGAACACCUGGUAUCAUCCACCAGUCCUAGAAGACUGCCCCAAGAUCGUGAGAAUGAUCUCGGUGACAUGAUAUCUCUCAAAUCCAUCAUGGCAGAUGACCUUCAGAAAAAUGAAGCUGCUAGUUGUUCACGACCCGAUGAAAAAUCGGAAAGCCUGGCCAUGCCAUCCGCAAAUAGACAAGACGUCCUCCCAGCCCUUAAAAUCGUGAGAGAAGAUUUAAGAAAUAGCGGAGCCACCCCUAAACCUACAGGUAUACUCAAACCUAUCCAGAUUACUAAACCAUCAAGCGAGUUACCUUACCCGAGUCUGGUGGACCAUAGUCUUCCAUGUGCGGACUUUAAGGUUCCAGAAGUAAAACCUCGUGUUUAUUCUAAAGGAAUAACCGAACAAAACAGCGAUACAUUAGUGUUUAAAGACAAAGUUAAUGUGACUGACUGGCAGUGGGAUUAUAUUACUCAGAUCUAUAAAUCUGACCUAGAUAUUUGGUUUUCUGAGGUCGAAUUAACAGAGAGAAAAAAAAAAGGCAAAGUUGCCUUAAAGAUGAAAUCAUUUAACAAAAAACUUUUGGCUUCAACAAAAGAAAUGAUUCGGGAGUUAUGUUGUAAAUUAAACAUAAUCAUCACCCACUCUUACUUUGAGUAUGCUUUACUUGGGGUGCAAGGCCCAGAGGACACUGGCUUAGUGGAAUGGUGUCAUCUGUUCCGCAGAUGCUCCAAAAAACUUUCUGUUAAGCCGGAGAAGGAUAAACUGGUUCUUCUCUAUCCCAAAGAAAUUCAUGCACAUGUGCUAGACGCAUACAGGCAGCACAGAGAGCGUAAGAUAAAGUCAUCUGGGGAUGCUACCAUGCCCGACAUUAGACAAGUCUCUUUACAGGACAGAUUUGAGUCUUCUGCCACUGAUGGGGGCGAAGAUUAUAUUACAGAGCGUAAGCAAAGCUUGACACACAAAUUGCGUACCAAACCGAUGUAUAAAUCUUUACCUUGUUUUUUAGGAGAUGAAGAAGUAGACGAAAGAAAGCUUUAUCUAGCAAGCAAACAUCUGGCAGAUGAGAGGUAUGCCCAGCUUACUGGAACAGAACCAUUCCAGGUCAUCUCUUUUGAACAUGAAGCAUUCCUUAAAACAGAACCAGGAUCCCAAGAUGAAAAGUCUACACACCCCCAAGAAUUUUGGGAUUUCCCUGAGGACACAAAAAACAGGUCAACAUCAGAGAAGACGGAUUACUACACCCUGACAGAAACAUUUGCUCGUAGUCCUUAUACCAGUGAUUUAUUAACGCAAGGCAUUAACGUCUCUCCACGAAAUGUCCCGGUCUUAUUGGAACCACAUUAUGGUGAGCAGGGUAUCUCCACAGAGGAUGGCGUAGUGCAGUACCAGGGCAGCUCGCCUCAGCUAAGGACACCCGCAGUAGGCCAAGAGUCAAAUUCCGAGUCGAAUUCCAUCUGUAGUAAUUGUAAGAACAUCGGCAAAACCAUUCAGACAUCGUCCGGUCAGAUGCAGUGUGUUAAAUGUUUUGACACAUCAGUCAUUUCUGCUCCUAAUGAAACUGCAAAAGCUCCACUAAUAGCGUCCAUGAGCCAUACAGCCAUGAGCCUGAGAUUACCCGGGUACGAAGGAGAUACCUCUUUGAAGAUCAUUUAUGAAGUUGCAGAUGGAGUGCAAGGGGCUGGAGAUCCUCAACCAGGAUGCCAAUACAAAGGUGGCAGGUUUGAGGCAUACCUGCCGGAUAAUCGAGAGGGGAGGAAGCUCCUUUCUCUGCUCCAGCGAGCCCUGGAUCAAGGCCUAAUUUUUCACGUCAAGUCAUUUGAAGUGGGAGAAGUCACAUGGUACAAAAUCCCUCAUAAAACCUCCCCAGAUGGAGGAAAGGCAAAGAAUGGAUACCCCGAUUUGACGUACGUGAGAGAUACUAUUGCUCUACUUCACCAAUACGGAAUUGACUAAGAAGCCUGAGACGUGGAGAACGCAGAACAUGGCGUCUAUAGAGACCAGCCGUCCAGUAACUAAUGGGAAAUCACUUAUGUUUUGGUUAGGACGUAACUGGAGGAAAUCCCUAGAGGUCCUUAGACCAUUUAUUUGAAGUUUAACUAUAUAAGGUUUUAGCAAAACAAGUUGAGUUAAAAUAUUAAAACUUUAAGGAGUUUGUUAUAGUUGACUGAAGAAUUGGUGAUGGGUCCAGUAUCUGGAAAGUCAGAGGAACACCGCUCCACGCCAUUGAUACUUAUAGGUACCUUCACAAGUCGUGUGCAAUGUCCGUGGAGCGGGCACCGCACAACCUGUAGAGAAGUGGUACGGGCACCCAUUCAAGAUCAGUAGGUGUCAGACACCCACCAAAUGGGUGUGUACGUAAUAUGGUAAUGGUCAAAUCCCUCGUCGCAUCAAACUACCUCAAUGACCAUGUACAUCUCCUUUGUGCAGAAAAUGAAGCUGCUCUGGCUACCUCUAGAGAUGAGCGAACUUACAGUAAAUUCGAUUCGUCACGAACUUCUCGGCUCG